GGGCUGGAGUUCUCGGAGGGCUUGGCCCAGGGCAAGAAGCAGCGCCUAAGUAAGAAGCUACGGAGGAAGUUACAGAUGUGGCUGUGGUCGCAGACCUUCUGCCCCGUGCUGUACGCGUGGAACGACCUGGGCAGCCGCUUCUGGCCGCGCUACGUGAAGGUGGGCAGCUGUUUCAGCAAGCGCUCGUGCUCCGUUCCUGAGGGCAUGCUUUGCAAGCCGUCCAAGUCGGUGCACCUCACCGUGCUGCGGUGGCGCUGUCAGCGGCGCGGGGGUCAGCGCUGCGGCUGGAUUCCCAUCCAGUACCCCAUCAUCUCCGAGUGCAAGUGCUCGUGCUAGAACUCGGGGGGCCUCCUGCCAGCACCCGGACACUUGACGGAUCCCCACCGACGCCCCCCAACCGCCUCCAACGAGACCCACCACCCUCUAAGGAGGACUUUUCAAUGAACUUUUUUUUUUUUUUUUUUUUUUUUGGCUACGGAGACCUAGCUUUCUGGUUGAUGUAAUGCACUGUUUAACUGUGUAGGAAUGUAUAUGUGUGUGUAUAUACGGUCCCAGUUUUAAUUUACUUAUUAAAAGGUCAGUAUUAUACGUUAAAAGUUACCGGCUUCUACUGUAUUUUUUUAAAAAAAAUUAAGCAAAAGUUAAAAAAAAAAAGAA